ACGUGGCGCUACGUUCUUCUGCUCAAGGAUACGCGAAAGUCCAAUCCGCUGGAGGAGCAAAACGCGGCGCAUCGAACCCACAAAACAAGCAAGCAAGCCAAACGUAAAAAAAGAAAUGAAGCAAAAGCACAACUGAUUCGGUCGAGUGUGCCUGUGCGAGAGUGUGUGAGUGCCGGAGUAUCUGUGUGAGUGGAUCGGUCCUGUGCUGUUUGGGCCAUUUAAUUUUAUUAGCGCUCCGCUAUGCGUCAUGAAAAUUGCGGGCAAAACACAGAAAUACAACAAUAAAUGAAAAAUUAAAUAUUAAUUAAAUUUUGCAUACGAAUCGAGCGGGGAGCGUUGCGAUUCCGCUGAUUGAAAUGUUAAAUAGAUAUUAAAAAUUAAUGGUGUAUUUCGGCCACACACACAGUCGUCGGUGUCCUUCUGCCGGAAAAGUCAGACUGAGCCGUGGCCCCGCAUACAAACGUACACAUCCUUACAACUACGUGUAUUGGCAUCUUGGCCAGCGGGAGUGCGUGUAUAUGACUUUAUUAAACUUGUAAGUGCCCAACUCGCGCGACCUUUUUCACAUUGUUUGUGGACUUUUCGACUGCUCCAGAUUUGCCAGCCAUUUGUUGUUGCACUUAUCGCGAUUGCCGCACGGAUUUCACCACCUGCAACCUGCCACCUGCCACCUGCCAUCUGCAACGAAAAACAAUUGAAAUCGGAAAAACAAUGCAACGAUUCGAGAGCUUCGCGCACUUCAGUCCAAGGCAACGGCAGCAACAUCAACGGCAGCAAAAUCAACAGCAGCGCAAAAGUUGUGCCCCGGGCAAAAAUUGAGAAUGAAACAACUUAAUUAGUAGUGGCCGGAGUCGAGAGCAAAAAGCCGCGCACUCCCAGAAUUCCGAAUCAGCCCAGCUGAAGGAAGUGGAGAAAGUGGAGGAGAAAGCCAGAGGUGCGCCGAAAUUUAGGUAAUACUUUUUCGAAGGAGCCAACGCAGCUUCGAUAAAAGUGCUCGCGUGAGCGCACUUUUUUGGAGAAAAUUAAAUUGAAAACAGCAUCAGCGCAGAGGCGGUAAACACUCUGAAAUACGAUUCGAGCCUGCAUAUAAAUUGCUACACUUUACACAAUGGAUUUUCCAGCGAAAAGGACUUCCACAAUGCCCCUAACAACUUCCUACAACGCCAACAUCAGACGAAGCUGCAUGGCUUUGUUCACGCUCUUCCUGUUCGCGGCACACAUCAGUCUAACUUCCGGUCAAAUCGAUUGGGACGACGACGAUGAUCCAGUUUCAACAGUGUCCGUGGAGGCCGUUCUGGGACGAACCGCAUCCUUGCCGUGCGACAUCGAGCCGGAGGCGAAGGACGACCGGGUGUACAUGGUGCUCUGGUUCCGCGAGAGCGCCGGAAAGCCACUUUACAGCUUCGAUGUCCGGGGACGACCCUUCGAGAAGGCGCUCUACUGGUCGGACACCAACUCAUUUGGGCCACGUGCGUACUUCGUCACCGGACAGCAGCCGGCCAAGUUAUCGGUGGACAACAUUCAACUGGACGACGAGGGCGUUUAUCGCUGCCGCGUCGACUUUCAGAACUCGCCCACGCGUAAUCAUAGAAUUAACUUAACGGUUAUUGUUCCUCCGCAUCAGAUACUCGUGUACGAUGCCUCCGGACGCGAUGUUGCCGGAGCUGUGGGUCCAUUGCUCGAGGGCGAUAAUAUUGUGUUGACAUGUGAAGUGCGUGGCGGUCGUCCGGAGCCGACGGUGACCUGGAUGAACGGAACACGGACCCUGGAGUCGGGCAGCGGAGUCUCGAUGGGCCGCCAUGUGACCGUGAACCGGCUGGAGGUGGCCCAAAUCUCGCGCUCCGCCCUGAACAACACGUACCGCUGCCAGGCGUCCAACACGAAGUUGGUGGCACCCGUGGAGCGCAGCAUCCGCAUCGAGAUGUUACUCAAACCGACGUCAGUCAAUUUAACCAAUAAGCUGAAAGUCUUCGCCUCGAACACGCAGUACAAUCUCACCUGUAUUGUGGCCGGCUCUGUUCCGGACACGGAAAUCAAAUGGACGCAGAAUAAUCGGCCCUUCAAACGUGGAUUGUUGUCGACGAGCCAGGGCAACGGCAGAGUCAUAUCCACACUGACAUUCUAUCCACAGCCGGAGGACGAUGGUACCAUGCUCAAGUGCGAGGGCUCCAACCCACGGCUCCAGAACUCGGCCAUCGAGGACUCGCUCAUGAUGAAUGUCAUCUAUCCGCCGCAGGUCACCUUGUCGCUGGGCUCCACACUGCGUCCGGACGACAUCAAGGAGGGCGACGACGUCUACUUCGAGUGCCACAUCAAGUCCAAUCCCAAGGAGCAUCGCAUCAUGUGGUCGCACGACGGACAACCGGUCACCCAGAAUGUAUCCUGGGGCAUCAUCAUCUCCACCCGCUCCCUGGUCCUCCAGCGAGUGGGACGCAUUCACUCCGGGUUCUACGCCUGCUCGGCGGCCAAUGACCGCGGGGAAACUCAGUCCGCUCCGGUCAACUUGAGGAUUCGAUAUGCGCCAGUCUGCAGCAGCAGCUCCAUCACCGUGAUUGGAGCUUCCUUGGAGGAGGCGGUGCCCAUCCCGUGCCGCGUCAACUCGGAUCCGCCCGAAAUCGACUUCGAAUGGACCUUCUCCACCAGCGGCGAGCACUUCGAGGUGCCCUCGGGUCACUACGCCACCAUCCAGGACCCCACCAUGACCACCACCAGCGAUGUGAGGCGCACUGUCGUCGAGUCCAACGAGACGCACUUCGAGAGCUACGUGGAAACCGUCAGCGAGCUGAUCUACACGCCCAAAGGCGAACGGGACUACGGAACAUUGGCCUGUUACGGCCGUAAUGCCAUCGGAAAGCAGUCGGAUCCGUGUGUGUUCCAGGUGGUGCCAGCAGCCAAGCCGGGGGCACUGCGAAACUGUACACUCCGGCCGUAUGUGGUGACCUCCGCCUCGCUGAACUCAUCGAAUCAGACGACAAUGCAUGCCAAUCAGUUGCUGCCCACACAAUACGGCAGACACGAGUCGAAUUACCCGCACAUGGAGUACGUACGUGAGCGCCAUAACAGCAGUGGCAGCGGCAACAAUGGUAGUGCUCCUGCCACUGCCCGAAACAAUGUGGCCAAUAAAAAUAUGAGGAGCCAGGCCAAAUCCAAUAAUAAUAAGCAGCUCAGUCAGCAGCAGCUGCAGCGCCUCAAGAAGCGGACAUCAUUCACACCGUCGCAGACACUGGCGGCCAUCGAGCGGCAGCGCCAGAGAAAGCAGCAAUCGCAGCAGCAGCAGCAGCAGCAGCAGCAGCAACAGCAGCAGCUCCAGGCCACUGCUGCCAUGUCCGGUAGCGAUAGCACACCUGAUGGAUCGCCCUCCAAGUCCUCCAAGUCGUCCAAGUCGUCGAAGCAGCGAAUGCGGCGUGCCAGCCGAGACCAGCAGCAACUGCAGCAACAGCAACAGCAGCAACAUCAGCUGCAUGCAGCAACAUCAAUAACCAGCAGCCAGCGGAAGCAGGCAGAAUCAAAUUUAUCAACGCCACAUCUAGGCAAUGGCAGCAGCAGGAGCAGCAGGAGCAGCAGCAGCAGCAGGAGCAGCAGCAGCAACAUCAACAGCAAGAGUAACAAUGGCAAACAGCCAGCAAAGUAUUUUAAUAAGCGACAGAAAAACAUGCACAAACAAAAGCAAAGGCAAUCGCAACAGCAAAAGCAAAAGGAAAAGCAACUGAAGGGAACAACAGACGAGCACAACAGCAAUAUAAUCCAUCAUUAUGCAACAUCCAGUUCGAGUUUGAGUUCGAGUUUGAGGCGAAGGAAGCGACUGGCAGCAAAUGACAUCUUGGCAACUGUGGCGGCGGCUUCCACAUCGGCAUCAUUAUCCUCCCCGCCCUCCUCUUCGGCUGCCUCAUUGGCUGCCACUGCCACGGCGGCGGUGGAAAUCGAGCAGGAUGUUGCUGCUGUUAAUACUGUUGAUGCUGCUGCGGCUGCUGCUGCUGCUGCCAGUGGCAGCAACAAUAAGCGGUCUCGCAAGUCCCUAACCAUCCUGGACAAACAGAAGCAGCAGCAGAAGGAGCAGCAGCAGCAACAGUUGCUGCCACCCAAUGCUCCGCAAAUAAGCAACCAGCCGGUAGCAGCAGCAAUUAGCGGCAACAAUGUCAGGGAAAGAGCAGCGACAUCGGCGCAAGGUGCAGUUGCAGCGGAAGUCAAGGACAAGGCGUCGUCCUCCAAGCAGGACUCCACUGGCAACGACAACGACAACGACAAUGAUGGUGAUGGUAAUGAGGACAACGACGACGACGACGAUGACGACGAUGAUGACGAAGAUGGAGCAGAGAUGGAUGCUGAAACAGAGACUAAUGACGAGGAUGUGGACGAGAAAGUGGACGAGGAUGGAGGGGCACAUGAUGACGACGCAGACCUGGAUGAAGAUGUUGCCCAGCUGGCCACCGAUGCCGAUUACUUGGCCGACGGUCCGGGCGAACUGGAGGACUACGAUACUGUGGAGGAGGACGGGGACAGGCGGGCGAAACAUGUGCACAUGCUGUCCCUGGAGGAGCAGCUGGAUCUGGAAUCGCUGGAGGACAACGUCGAGGAGGAGGAGGCCGGCGAUGAAGACGAGGGCGAGGUCGAUGAUAUGUACAAUGUUAGCGAUGAUGACUUCGUUGCCAGUGUGGCGCUCUCCACGUCCGACACCACAGCCGCCACUCCGCUGCAACGGACAACAGAAGGACCUCACAUUAGGGAGCAGAAAACCAGCCAAGCCACCGACUCCGCUGCUGAUUGGCAGCUUCCUCAUUUCGACUACUCACGCAUGGAGUAUAGUUUCAGCAACGGAGUGGUCACCCAGAGUUUGCUGGGUGGCUCGGCAACGGGGUCUGCACAUGACGGCUUUGCUGGCGGCGGUACCAUAAAUUUCGACAACUACGACAACAUCAUCUACUCCACCAUGGAGCUCGAGUGCAUGCCAGGAUACGAUGGCGGACUGCAGCAGCAGUUCUUCCUGGAGGCCUACGAUUCGAAGACCAAGAAGCUCCGGCUCAACAUGAGCAGCACCUACACGGAUGUGCCCGUCUUUCGGAUCGAUCUGUCAGAUCUAAUGCCCAUGGACUACUAUCCCGAUGCCCAUCCGGCCCUGCACCUGGUCGUCUACAGCGUCAAUCAGAAGGGUCGCUCGGAGCCUAUUGUCCUCGAGAAUGUGCCCAUCAAUGAGGCGGACAAGCGCUCAGAUGGUCGAAUGGGCCUGUCGAUCCUGCCCCUGGCUGCUCUCCUCGCCGGCACACUGUUCACCGUGGGCAUAGCGGUGCUAUCCGUGGUGGUCAUCGCCGUUCGCAGGCGCCGUGGCCAAGGAGCCCGCAACAUGUGCGAUGACAAGGACAAGCACCUGGGCAUGGAUGUGACGGUGACGGCGCCCCUGGAAACGGGAGCGGGCCACCAGCGCCUCGUGGUGGCCUACACCCUGAAGCAGGGCAUCGAGAAGCAGCCGGACAUAUUGAGCGCUCAGAAGAGUGCUCCAACUGGCGGUGACGCCUCGUCGCCGUUGGGAAAUCGGCCGAGUGGUUUGUUCGUCGGCGGAGGAGUUGGUGGUGGUGGUGCGGGCGGUGCAUCUGCCGCUCCCAUGACGGGCAGCACUGGUGGCCACAAAACCACGGAUUAUGAUGGCAAUGCGCCGCACCUGAACAGCCCGCCCUCGCAGUCCAGCACCUUGAAGCUGGAGAGUGAGCCGGCGGCGAGCAGUGGAAUGGUUAGUGCCCGGGGUGGAGGGAGCAAUCCACCGCUUCUGUACGACGCCAUGCCCACGCUGAGUCGCUACGAGCAGCUGGGCCUGAGCAUGGCCAGCUACUCCGCCGGAGCGGCGGGCACGGCGGGCACGGGGGGCAGCAGCAGCACCCUCAGCUCCGCCGGCAGCACGGUAAGCAAUGCGAUGGCCGCCAACGGAAAUCCAGGGUCGGGUGGCUACGCCGCGCACCUGCAUCACACGUUGCCCCAUAACAUGGCUCCACAGCGAGGUCCGCACGAUCCGCUCUCCCUGGCCGACUACCUGACCACCAGCAGCCUCAUAGACUACGGCCUCAACAAGCCGCCCGCUGCCCACAUGACGCUGCCCAAGGGCAUGGGUCUGGGUCUGGGGAUGGGCGUGGGCAUGGGCAUGGGCGUUGGAGCAGGAGUGGGCGUGGGUCCUGGAAUGGGCAUGUCAUCCGCGAUGGCCGCCGGCACAAGCCUGUCGCCAUCGCAACUGAACACCAUCACGCACAAGUCGGCAGCAGGACGCAACCACAUCAUCACGGACACACUGCCCGGGCCGGAGAGCUGUGUCUAAGAACCUGUCCUGUCCAUCAUCCUGGCAUGGAAACCAAAAGACUGGCGCACAGCAGUAGCCCAAAACACAGCCGAAUCAGAGUGACAGUGAGCAACUAACUAGUCAUGUGAAGCUGCGGUCAAGUUUUUUUAGUUAAAGUUUAUAAAAUACAUAUAUAUUUUGUUUUAAAAAUAUAUCAUUAAAUUCAAGAAAUAUA